GUAAAAACAUAAUAUAAUUAACGAAUUAUUAAAUUAGUUCUUCAACCCGGGCUUAGUUUGCAAUUUAACCCAAACACAAAAGAAGGAAGUCAAAAAACUUAACAUAAACGAGGUGGCCCAUUUUUAACUUGUCAAUCGGUUGUUUCUUUUUUUUUCUUUUUUUAUGUAUCUACUGGUAUAUCCAUCAACCUAGAAAAAGCCAAUUGGUCAAUUUUGAGAGGUUACUCAGAAAAUGGAUUCGACAUCAUCAAAACAAAAGCAACUCAGCGAUAUAGGUUCAAAAAUACCAGCACCUAUUAAGACAAAUAUUACAAUAUGUAGUGGAAUAGCAGAACCUAUAAAGAGUGCAACUUUAACAACUCCAUCAACCCCACGAAUUGAGCUAAGUCGAGCAUCAAGUUCUUCUCAUCAUGAAGAUAGCCGUGACAGCAGUCCCGAUAAUGUGUUCGAACAGGUUGGCACUGGCACACUACAGGAAACAAUUGGACUAGGCUUCCAUGAAGAAGGUGCUUUGGAAUUGCGUAGCUCAACUGAGGAGUUAUUUUUUAUGGAUCCGGAGGCAAAAAAGGAAGAACAAGAAAAAAUACAACAUCAAAUACAACAUGCACGUCGGUCAUCACCUAUUAUUUUCAAAUUUGAUGAACAUCAAAAUUAUUUACAACACCACCAACGCAAGGACUCAGCCAGUUCUGAAGUUGCAGCACUACUCUGCAUAUCUGGUCGAACAAGUCGGGUAUCCAGUGUUGGUAGCCAAGGAUCGGCAGUCAGUCGAUUGUCUGCAAUAUCAGGUAUAUCACGUUCGCCAUCGCCGCAUCGAAUGCUUCUGGAGACUUCCUUUUGCGGUCCGAAGCCUCUUGAGAAUAUUGUCGAUGGGGGAAUUGUUAGUGUUGUUGAACCCCCAACAGCAGAAAUUCUUGAACAAGUCUUACUCUCACGGAAACAAGAUCCAACACAGGCAGUCUUUGCUGAGGGUAUAAAAAUCGAAUCUUCUCCGCAAAAAAAGAAACCGCCAACGAGCAUUACCAAUGGUGAUACUAAACGGAAAUCAAUCGAUGUUGUGAAGCGUUCAAGUCGACAGACAACCUCAAAAACGGUUUCUUCUAGGACUGCCAAUCGUUUGACAGCAAAUAAGAGUCCCGGACAAUUGGUAGUUGGCAAGACACCCAGUGGAUCUGAGUAUAUUCGCAUUAAUUUAAAACCUGAUCAUAUGUAUAAGGACAAGGGUGUUGCACCUAACGAAAGAGUUGUGGAAGUUGCCAUUCCAGGUGGUGAAAAACAACAUAAGAAACCCAUUUCACUAAGCCUCGGUAAAAAUUCCGCCAUCGAAGAAAAACGUUUGACACCCAGUUUAAGCCCAAAGCCAUCAAGGCACUCGGCACUUUCUAAGGAGGCUAUUGGUAGUCGGUCUCCAUCGCCAGCAAACGUAUCUGUUUCACGAAAGAGCUCAUUUUGUUCGUUGUUCAAACUCAAAGAUUCUCCUGACUCUCCCAAGGAUCGUGUUAGGUCCCGAAGCAAGAGCAGAGAUCGCUCUACACCACAAUCGCAAAAUCCUACUCCGAAUAAACAAAAAUCGGUUUUGGCAAUUUUCAAGCCCAAACGCAUCGAGGGCAAAUCAAAGAGUUCUUCGCCUAUUGAUGCAGAUUUUGAUCGCCACACGCCAACUAGCAGGGUAGACAGUGCAAUGGAAACCUUUCAAAGUGCAGGCUCAAGGCCUUCAAGCAGGCUCAGAUACUACGAUAAGCCAGCCGAUGGGAAGGGAAUACAUAUUCCUUUACACACACCUCCUGAAGAGAAAAAUAUUAACAAACUACUGCAGGAUUCCCAAACCCGACCACAAUCAGCACCCGCACUCAAAGAACCAGUAAAGACACCAUCAAAUUCUUCAAUUACAUUAAAAAGCAAGCAAAAUGAAAUUUCCUCAGUACAAACACCCUUAACCACAGUGAAGACCGAACAGGAAAAUGAAAACUCAAUUUUAGCCGCCCCAACAGCUCUACCCCAGCAUAAUAAAGCCACGAAAAUUCAGUGCAUAGAAAAUCUCGAUGCAAUUCACACGCUUCCCCAAGAUAUCGAUGAGAAGGAACAGACCUGGAGCCUCGAAGUUCAUCAGCAUAGUUCACAAGAUAGCCAAGACACUAUAUUGUCGGAUAAUUCUUUGCCUAAUAACUGCGUUUCCAAAGUCAGCACCCGAACUAAUUUGGGAAAUGUUUCAGAAAAUACCAUAGAUGAAAAUGGCAUUGCAGCGGAAGUGCAUCGAGUCCCUUCGGAGCCUGAGUCAAUACCUCCACAAGCACAGCAAACAGAGGAAUCAUCAAUGGGGAAAGAAAAACGAAGAAUACUCUUUGCCACAAGACUAGGCUCUGGAAGUCAGGAGCAAAUGUUUAGCACACAAUUUAGCCUCUCCAAAACCGAAAGUCUUUCAAGUCAACUCUCUGAGCAUGCUUCUAUCCCUGAAAACUCAGUGCAAGAAGUUCUGCAGCGCAAAGACACUAUAUUGCGACGACCAGAUGACACUGCAGUUACUAAGAAAACUAUUAGCAAUAAAUCAGAAGUUUUAAGAAAGUCCUCCGCUUCAAAGUCGCAAUCGACAUCUGAAGACGAGAAGCAAGCUCCUGCAGUUGCUGUAAUCUUAAUGCGUAAGAAAGAUUCCUUAACCGAAGAAGUAAGACGCAAAUCAUCACGGUCGGCCUCAGAAGACGAUGAUGUUGCAACUCAUAGACAUUCUCGAUACUUGGAAAAUUUUGACGUUCGUAGGAAACUUCAUGAAAAUGUACCAGCAAGGAUGCCAACAACUGCACUAAUACAGCAGAAGAGAGAGCAAAAGAAAGAUGAAAUCAUCCAAGUGGUAGCUGAAAAUCAAGAUCUUGAUCCUGCACUUUCCGUAGAGCCCGAAACCUUGCAAAAGGAUGAAGUUCUUGAAACAGCUAAUGAGUCAACUAACUUAGCUAGCUCUGAAUCGUUUAGUCAACCUUAUCAUAUCCCAUCAGCAGAGAGACAAUCAUUUGUUUCGACUGAUGAGCCAGAGUCUUCUGAGAGCGAACGUGACUCAGAAUCAGAUCCUCAUCGGUUGAAACGUAAUUUAUCACACCACAUAGCUAGUGCCCUUGAAGAUAACGAAAGCACAGGCUUGGUUUCACAAGAUUCAUUUGACGAUGAGCUUCCUUAUAUUCCGACAACACUGCCCGAGGAGCGUGCUCAUGGUGUUGCUCUAAUUCCAAUGAAAGAGCGCUUGCAUAUGGAAUUGAAAACUUGUCCUCUAGAUCGGCCACGUUCUACAACACCUCUCAAUCCCUCACAUCUUGAAGAGUAUUGUGGAAUUGUAGGACCUGAUGCUGGAGACCUAGAUCAUAGGCCACCAAUACGAGGUGAAAAGCUUCGAAUAAGUCUUCCGAAAAAGGACUCCGCUAAGGAUAAAGCACAAAAAUCAAAAUCUCCUCGACGAACGUCAACAUCGAGUGGAAAGAGUUGGUUCGAAUUUGCAGAAGAAGCUAUUCGCGGACCAACCACUGAAAAUAAUAAUAAUAAACUAGCUAGUAUUCCUAAGCUUCCGGAUGAAGUUCAAGCACCUGAAGCUCCUCCUAUAGCUCAAGCCAAUCAGGCUAAUAAUAUCAGAAAGCUAUCUGACCAAUGGAUAGACUUCCAAAAUAUUCCCGAAAAGCGUAAAGCUCCGAAAAAAAUUACAACACUGCCAAAGGACACUCUAGCUGAUAACAAGACUACAAUGGUUGUACAUUAUAACUAUGUCAAGCCAGAGGAAUGUCAGUGCGAAUGUCAUGAAGUUGAGAGAGAAUCCGUACUGACACACAAGUCGAUUGCUUCAGUGGACUUAUUAAAUCCGACUCGAGAAGAUAUGCAACCUCUUUUGGAGCCUGAAAACGUAGAAAGUAUUGAUCCCAGUGAUUCAUCAAGAGAAUACAGUGGCUAUACAGACGAUGAAACCGAAGGUGCUAGAACAAAUGAAAUGCAAACUGAGGAAUUCCCAUUGCGUGGCUUGCACAACUCUAGAAACACGAAGUUCCCUGACAACCGAUAUUCUUAAGAUUUAUAGUAAAUAUGGUCAUAUAAUUAAAAAAGAGAGUUUUAGUUUUAAGGCAGAUUAUAAAAAUUGUUCGAUUUAUAAUAAUUGUAAGCAUAAAUGGUAAAGAAGAAUGGUACCGAUAAAAAACUGGAUGUGGUUAAAAAAAACUAAACUUUCAGUUUAAAACAUUGUUGAUAUUGUUUUGGGCUGUAACGCACAAAGUGGUGGAUUCAAUCCAAUCAGCCCAACAGUCAAAUGUUUUUCAUACACGGGUGCUGCCUCCUCCGAUGAAGUGACACAAAUCACCAUCGGUUCUCCCAACUCUCACUAAGAGUAAUAUGUACUUUACUUCAAUGUAUAGGAUAUUAGUAUCUGCCCUCAAAAUCGUUCAAAGUCUAUGACUGACUUCAACGGUGAUGCCCCUUUAUUAUUUCUUGCACUAAUGCAAGUAUAUAUUUUCUUUAUAACUUAUAAGCUGAAGGUUCCAGCUCAAAGCUUGAUAAAAUCAAGCUCAUAAUCAAGUCUAUUGGAUUCAAAUAACAGACUGGACCAGUUCAAAGGCUAUUCAAAAUUCAGUGUAACAUAUUUACCUUCACAUUUAUUGUGCUUCAUACAUAUAAACUUUAAUACUGCGUUACAUUUUUCAUAAAUAC